AUGGUGCCGGCGCCAGGCGCCGGGUGCGCGUCCCGGGUGCCGCUGCGGUGCUUGUGGCGGUGCCGUGUGCUGGAGGUUUCGCUGCGGGUUGGUGCCGUGGGGCCGGGGUUUGGCCCACGCUGGUGCCCGAUGCCCGGCACCGGCUCCACGCGGGCGCAGCAGCCAUGGGCCACGCGCCAGGCAGGGUCACAGCAGGGGUGGCCGCGGUGCUGGGCCUGGCACCAGCGCUGCCCGGGGCAGCCGGGAGCCUCCAGUGCCACCCGUGCCGGCUCCCGAAAGCUCUCCAUGGCGCGCUGGAAGCCCUGCUUGUGCCCCCGGGACGGGGAGGCGGUGAUGCUGGCACAGCCCCGCUCCCCGGGGCUGCCUUCAUCCCGCUCCGGCCGCGGCGCCGGCAGCCGCCGGCUCAGCAGCUCCUCCAGCAGCUCGGCAGCCAGGCCCGUGGCGAGGAAGGAGCGGCGGUCGAUGGCGGUGCUGGCGCUGGCGCUGAGCCGGCACAACGGCAGCGUGGUGCUGAGGGCCUCCUCCUCCUCCUCCUCCUCGCCGGGGCACGGCGGUGCCGGGGUCGGGUCGGCGCUGCCGAGGCUCUCCGUGGAGCGGGUGCCGGGGGUGGCAGCGCCGCGGUGCCCCAGCCCGUGCCGCAGCACGGCCCCAGCUGAGCUCCUGCGGGCCCAGAGCGAGGGGGAUGGAGGCAGGGAGCCCGCAUGGGGCACCCCGGCAGCAGCCACCCCUCCUCGUGCCGGUGGAGCGGGUGCUUCCCGGAGCAGAGCGCCAUGGCAGUGCCGGGCGCCGCGGCCGCGCUGGGCGUUGGGGCCGAUGUCCCUUUGUGACGUCCCCGUGGAACCAGGGCCCCGGCUCCCCCCAGGUUCCACGGGGCUGCCGCUGGCACCACCGGGCAGCCCCAUGGAGCCGGUGCCGCGCGCGGGGCUCGCGGUCCUGGCCUGCUAUGACCGCCUGCGCCGAGAGAUCCAGGCGCUGCUGGCGGAGAACGAGGAGCUGGCGCGGGCUGUGGGGCGGCUGCAGGACCAGCGGCAGCUCCGGCAAUGCCAGCGGGCUGUGCCCGGCUCCGCGCCGCCGCUCGGGACCCACAGCGGCUACUUCCCCUUCCCUGGCACAGCGAGCGGCGCGCCAGAGCUGGCACCGCUGCAGCAGAGCUCCCCGUGGGACAUCACGCAGCAGUCGCAGGAUGGACCCUGGGCUCCGCUGCCCCUGGGCUCGACAGUCACCGACAGCAGCGCCGGCAUCAGCGGCAGCGCCGGCAUCAGCAGCGACAUGAACAGCAACUUGAGCAGCGGCAUGAUAUUCGCUGAUGGCAGGAUGAGAUCGCUCCCGGUGCCCGUGCCCGGCCCCCCCGGCGCUGACAGCCUCCGGCUCUCGUGUCCCCUGAACCGCUUCAGCCCCGCCGGCUCCCGGACCCCUCCCGUGACGCCGGAGCUGAGCAGCAGCAGCAUGAGGCUGUCGGACCUGCGGCCCCCCCCGCACCCCUUCCCACCGGCAGCGGCCCCGGCCCCGGCCCCGGCGGCGCCCCCGGCAGCACCGCAAGCACCGGGGUUGGAGCUGCCGGGGCCGGCGGUGGCUCAGGACUCUCCGCCGGUCUCGGGUUCACCAGGGAGCCGGCAGCGGCCCUGGGAGCCGCUGGUGGGGGAGAUCGCGUUCCAGCUCGACCGCCGCAUCCUCGCCAGCGUCUUCCCCGACCACGCGCGGCUCUACGGCUUCACCGUCGCCGCCAUCCCCGAGAGGAUCAUGACGACGGCGCUGAACGCGGUCCCGGGCAGCUUCGACGAGCGGGGCUGCCUGGAGGCCGUGCGGCGCUACCUGGGCGUGAUGCGGCGGCUGCAGGCGCUGGGCUACAGCCCCUCGGUGCACCCCGCCUUCAGCGAGGCGCUGGUGAACGCCUUCGGCGUCCUGGCGGGGCCCAGCAGCCCCGACCCCCGGCACAGCCCGGCCUUCCUGCGCCGCGUCCUGGCCGAGACGGUGCCGCGGGCGGCGCUGCGGGACGCGAUGGUGCUGCUGGAGUGCCUGGAGGCGCUGGCGCGGGAGGACGGGCACCCGCUCUUCUUCUGGUGAGCGCGGGCACCGGCACCGGGCAAUAAACCUGAGCCAGAGC